AUGACUCCCAUUGACGUCCGAGUCUGGGUAGUAUUCGCCUUCAUCAUCCCAAUUUUGUCUUGCCAGUGGUUUCAACCGACCGCAAAAAGGGAACUCUGGCAUGUUGGAGACGUUCACAACAUCCAGUACCACACGGAUCUCACCGCAUACACCAUCACUCUAUGGCAACAGGCGAUCGCCGGCGGUUCCGCCACGCCGGGGCCAAUCAUCUUCCAAGCCAAGACCGGUCCCGCGAAAGCACUUGGCUGGACGGUACAACUGUAUGACUUCGAUCUGGAGUCUUCAAACAUCUUUUUCUUUUGGCUGAAGGAAGGAGGCCCCGAAAAUGCGACGGGGCCCGUCACAGGACGGACAAUGUCGUCCAGCUACUUCAACAUCACCGACGAGCCUUCUCCAACCACCACGUCAUCGUCGUCGUCGUCUAGCAGCACGAAUCCCUCCAGGUCGACCGACCUUGGAGCCGCACUGUCAUCGACCUCUUCGACAGCCACUCAGACCGGACCAGACCAAGGCGAAGCCACCGCGUCGAGCAGAAUACCUGGUGAGGGCAUUGGGGGAACAGACGGUGUAUCUGAAGGAGGAGGAGGAGGGGAAGGCGGAGGCCUCCCGGUCGCCGCCCAGGCGGGCAUCGGGGUGGGCGUUUCCGUUGUAGGGGUCGUGGUGAUCAUCUGCGGCAUAUUGUGGUUCCGGUACCUGAAGAAACAACAACAAAUUCUCCUCGACCUCCAACGGAGAGCCCACCCUGAGCCUCCGCCUCCCGAUGCUGCUGGGACCGGGACGUGGAAGCCGCAGGUCCCCCCUCCUCCCCCCGUCCAGUAUUACCCUGUGUACGAGAUGGGUUACCAUUCCAGGACGCCUCCUGUCGAGCUCGGCUGUCAUCCGCCAAACCUCAGGUAG